GGAGAGGUGGAUAGAUAGGACUGCUAGUUGCUCGAUCAGGACCCUAGCUUUAUUGCGAGCCAAAAACCUUGAUGGAUUCCCCUUUUGCGGCAUUACCCCGGUAAAAUUAAUUUUAAUUUAAUAUGGAAUUCUCUGUAAGAGCUGCGGAACUAACAACUCUAUUAGAAAGUCGAAUUACCAACUUUUACACAAAUUUUCAAGUGGAUGAGAUCGGUCGAGUGGUCUCAGUUGGAGAUGGGAUUGCACGUGUUUAUGGAUUGAACGAGAUUCAAGCUGGGGAAUUGGUUGAAUUUGCCAGCGGUGUGAAAGGAAUAGCGUUGAAUCUUGAGAAUGAGAAUGUCGGAAUUGUUGUCUUUGGUAGUGAUACCUCUAUCAAAGAAGGAGAUCUUGUCAAACGUACUGGAUCUAUUGUGGAUGUUCCUGCGGGAAAGGCUAUGCUAGGGCGUGUGGUCGACGCGUUGGGAGUACCUAUUGAUGGAAGAGGGGCUCUAAGCGAUCACGAGCGAAGACGUGUCGAAGUGAAAGCCCCUGGGAUUAUAGAACGUAAAUCAGUGCACGAGCCUAUGCAAACUGGGUUAAAAGCGGUAGAUAGCCUGGUUCCUAUAGGCCGUGGUCAACGAGAACUUAUAAUCGGGGACCGACAAACUGGAAAAACAGCUAUAGCUAUCGAUACCAUAUUAAACCAAAAGCAAAUGAACUCAAGGGCCACCUCUGAGAGUGUAGCUUCGCUAACCUAAAUGCUGCCGUGAUCUUAUAUACGCAACCCACCUUCAGAUCUCAUUCUGACUGGGAACACACGAAGGAAAGACUGACCACGGAACUUAGAUUCGGAUUCAGUUCGAGUUCGCUACUUAAGUGGAACUCUAUUCUUAUUCCUGGAAGCAAAGCAACCUAGCUAAUUACUCUUUAUUCUUUACUGGUCAGUAUCGUACCUGACUAGACUGCUUUCUUCCGCGGUGGAGCAAGAGCAAGCAAGCACCCCUACAGCUACCAGCUACUGAAAAGAAGCUGUUGCAAGCUCAAGGAUAUGGGAACUGACUGCAUACUAACGGAAUCUAUCAAGCAAAUUCAAAGAUAGAAUGAACAAUCAGUGAAAUAACUUACUAUUCUAGUGAGGCAAGUUCAAUAUCUCACUGGAAGCCCCUACCUAUUGGGGUAGUAAGUUCUUACUGAAGACAAGGGGGGCAGCACCAGCUGUGGCACAAAGCAGCAACUGUCAAGCUUUAGAUUGUCUAACCAAAACAAUUUUUAUAAGCUAAUACUUAGUCGUUACGAUACUUUUUCCGCCCCCACUUCACCACUUUGAAAAGCCUACUUAGCUUGAGCAGGCGAGCGGAGUCAAGUCAAGCUAACGCUUCCCUAUCCCGAUCUAGAAAGGAUUUAUUCUAUUCUUCACAUUCCUAUAAUGAACUGCUUACCGCGAAAAUCCCAAGCGAGUAGAACUAUAGCUUUGUUCACAACACAACCUGGACCGCUUCGAGACUGUCUUUCUCAAGCUCUCCUCUCAGAAGGUUCAGGGAUGAUUCUUAUUGCACGAGAGAUUGCCCUACCAGCUAAACAACUUAAUUCCUACCGUCUAACUCCUCUCCUUUAUGGGUUGGCUACCGGGGAUCCAUUGUGGCUUGUGACUAGGUUGGUACGGGUGAAUUACCAUAAAGCCUAAGUUAUCUGGUUCUGGCUAAUGCCCUAAGGGAUUGGCCUUGCUUUGAGUUAGUAAUACUCUAAGUGCGGUUAGUACAAGAAGGUUCUGCGGCUUACUCUUACUACAGUUAAACCCUCUGUCCUAGUGUCGUGCACAGUCGGGAUAUCUAAAUAACAAGCGAUUCCCAUAUUAUGGACUCGGAAAGCCCCCUCCAUUCAUCUGUAACUAGAACAUCCUCACUUCCAGAUCCGAAGGUGCUAAUAUAAUUGAUUGACGAAGAAAAACGAGGCUAUCUGUGAUUACUCUUCGCCGACCAAGAAGACUCGAGACAAACUUCCCCCUUUUGUUGGUUUCGUUAUCCAACUCUCUAUUUUCCGCAGAAAAAAUUAAGUAUGAAUUACCUUCCGAGCCACUAGGAUCAGGCCGAUACGCUUUGGCAUAAUAAAUCAUAACACGGUUCAAUCCCCUUUCUCAAGUGAAUUCAUCGAUCAGGCACUGGGCCUUCCCUUCUCUCGAUCGGCGUAUCCGCUUCCAGAGGUUAUGCUUUAUCCAAUCCAGUUUGUGAGUCUAUUCCCUUUCCUUUAGUUGCUUAGUCACACGCCCAAUCAGAAUCACCGGAGAGCCUAUUGCUUCCAACUUACUGGACAAGGCUGGGACUGAGGCGCCCUCCCCCGGAACAUAUAAAUCCUAUAAACCCUGGGAAGGAAGCUGAAUUUUGAUUAGUCGUCCUAUCGUAAUUAAAUAAGUAGUAGAUCCCGAGUGCCACCGAUAUAGCUCUUGGAGGGCUAGUAGAAGUUGUUCACUCGGUUCGAAGAACAGGACCGACUGUGAUCUUCUCUGCUUUUGUCGACUCGGAACGAAUGCUUGAAGCUUCAAAUACCUUUCUUUGGUCUUGUGAAAAUGCUUUCCCCGCUUCGUACCUUGUGACUAUGGUAGCAUGGUCUUUUCUCAACUCCCUAUAGGAAGGAAAAAAAGUUAUGCCUAAAAUCCCUACUUUCCUCGUUCAAGUUCAACCCCGGUAGCUGUAGCAAAUGUCGGAGUGGUAGCUGUUGGUGCUCAAGUCGACGGUUAA